AUGGCGAGGCUCUAUACAAAGCCAAGGGAAAAUAGUCAAGUGGCCAAAACGAGCAUCCAGGACAAAGAAAAAAAUGUUAUAGAAGAUAAAUCUAUUAUCAAAUCUCAAUCUACGACUAGGGAUGAUGAAGUGGAAGAAAAUACACCUUCUAGAAGCUCUGGGAGGGCAAACCGGAACGAGACCAAGGAUGACGCUAGGCGAGCCUCAAGGUCUAGGAGGCGGAUUGAUGGCCAGGAAAAGCUGAUAUCCCAGUUAUCUGACUUAUCCUUAACCUCUAAGAAACGGGAAGAGGUAUGUCGAGGGGAGGAUGAGGAAGAAGAUGUGGUUAAGAGGUUUACCAAACUGGAACUUCAAGAAGCAGAUGAGGAUAUCGAGGAAGAGCUAGCAAAGGAAGAGGCACAUGACGAGGAGGAAGCUCAGGCGGAUAAGAGAAGUCAUACUCACAUAUUCAAGAAGAAGCAUAGUUACAGUCAUGGGAAGGAAGAGGGGGAAGAGGAGGAAAGUACUAUGGAGCAAGAAGAAUAUGAUACCGAUGGGUUCGAUUCAUUGGAUGACUUUAUUGUUUCUGAUAAUGAAUCUUUAAGUCUCUACGAAGACUUGGAGUAUGAAGGCGAAGAUGAUAGUGAUGCGGAGGAGAAAGAGAGACAAAGUAGCAAAACCCACACUUCCUCUAACAAUCAUCUAGAUUCUGAAGCUGAAGCUGAGCCUGAGCCUAAGUCUGAGUCUGAGCCUGAGGCACAGCAUCGGCCUCGCAGGAGAUUGAUUAGGGGUAGAAGAAAACAGCGCAGCUCAACUCCCUCUCAUACAUCAGAUAAUGAAACUUGUGAGAGUGUUGGCAAGCCUAACAAUACCCCAGGUCUUGAUGAGGACCCAUUGUUGUUUACAAACAUGGGGAACAACAUAUCUUGUCCUGUUGAUCAGGAAGCAAAUGAGCAAGAUGCAGCCAUCACAACAGAUGUGCUGCUGGACUCCAGGCCUCGUCUUCCACCGCCAGCAUCUCCUAAAUAUUCAAAGGAGCAUAAAAAGAAAAACAAGCCCUCUGUGGGCUUGACUUCUACAAAGAACACAAAUAGCCGAGCUACAGGUUCCCCUCAAGGGCUACCUCUUCUAUCUUCUCCUGAAUCUCCUGGACAAGACAGCUCGAAGAUGAGCUUCGUUACUCCUCCGACCUCUCCUACAAAGCCUCGCCUUAAAUCUCCUUCAAAAUCACAGGCAAACCGCAUUCCUCCAUCCCCUCAUAAGCCUGAUAUUGAUAUGUUUUGGGACCAGAAAACCGUCAACGAGUGGAAUGACAAAUUUUCCCCUCAAAAGAUCAAAGCUCCCAAUUUCUACAAACGGCAUUUUGAUAUCUUCUCGGACACAGAGGAUGAAGCCGAUGACGAUGAACAGAUUUUUGGCAGUCAGGACAACGACUUUGUGAUUACAGGCGUCUCUAUUCCAGGACAUCUAGGCACUCCUGAACCUGAUGCAAUGGGUGACAAACUGCCUUUACACGCAUCCCCGAUCAAGAACAAUGCUAGCCCAGGCAAGAAGCAAGCCAAGGCAUCAGCAUCGACGAAGAAGGCAUUGGCUGCUAAAAAGCGAGAAUUCGACCAAAUAAAGCACGCACUUGCAACAAACUUCUUUAACGAAUUGGAUACCAUGGUGACUGGGGGUGAAAUUUUGAAACUCGCUGAAUCUGCGGGCGGAGUAAACAUUGUUUGGAAUAACAAAUUGGCUACCACGGCUGGCGGGGCAACUUGGAAAAAGGAGUUGAUCACACGCAACAGAGAUUCAACAGAGCAAUUUCUCAUCGACUCAUCUUCAGCGAACCUUUGCUCUCCGAAUAAUUCUUCUUCCCAUGCGCCUUCCUCAACAUCAUCCUCGGCGACCAGCGCCUUACCGACAGACGAACUUUUAAUAUCUUCAAGCCGCUCUUCUGUCCAUCGCUCAAUCAGACACAAUGCAACCAUUGAGCUAGCCGAGAAGGUGAUUGACUGCGAGGAUAGGCUGCUCAACACAUUGGCACACGAAUACUGCCACCUAGCCAAUUUCAUGAUAUCCGGUGUUCUUAACCAGCCUCAUGGGGCCAGUUUCAAACAAUGGGCUAAAAAGUGCAUGACAGCGCUUGACGCUCAUUCAGAGUAUUCUGGCAAGGUCGAGGUUAGCACGAAACAUUCGUACCUGAUUAAUUACAAGUACAUGUGGUGCUGCAUGAGUUGUGGGCAGGAAUAUGGUCGACACUCGAGGAGCAUUGAUCCAGUUAAGGUGCGAUGUGGGAAAUGUCACGAUGGGAAGCUAUUGCAGGUUAAGCCAAAGCCAAGGGGGAAGUCAAAGGUAUAA